AUGCCGUUCUCUCAUCACUCGCAUUCGGGUGAAUUCUGCCCGAGCCAUGCUUACAAUACCCUGGAGGAGAUGAUUCAAACCGCAAUAGCUAAGCAUAUGGAAGUAUUUUGCUUGACUGAACAUAUGCCUCGGUCGGAUGAGGAUCUUUACCCAGAAGAGAUCGCUAGUGGUGUAACUUUUCAGUCUUUACUUACCAAUGAAGAAAAUUACUUCAGAAAAGCGAACGAGCUGCGUGUAAAAUAUUCCACGCAGAUCCACAUUCUUAUUGGCUUUGAAUCGGAGUGGAUUAGGAAUCCUGGAUCUUUAACGCUGAUCCAAGGUUCUCUCUCUAGAUUCUCCUAUGACUUUUUUGUCGGAUCGGUACAUCAUAUGCAUGGGAUCCCUAUAGAUUGGAAUCGCGAAAUGUAUGUGCGAGCGAGAGAAAAGUCCGGAGGAACUGAUGAAAGACUCUGGGAGGAUUAUUUCGACGAAGUCUUCAACAUGUUACUUCAUUUGAAGCCAAUGGUUGUCGGUCAUUUUGACCUCAUUCGACUUCAAAGCGACGAUCCGAAUCUAACCAAAGGGGGAUUCAAGAGAGGAAAAGGUGUAUGGGAGAAAAUUCAAAGGAAUCUGAAAUUGAUUAACAGUUAUGGUGGGCUAUUGGAACUGAACUCUGCUGCAUUAAGAAAAGGGCUGCAGGCGCCUUAUCCCGCUGCAGAAAUUUGUCAGGAAUUUCUGGCAAUGAACGGGCGAUUCUGUUUAUCGGAUGACAGUCAUGGCGUCGAUCACGUUGGAGCCAAGUAUCAUGAAAUGCUAGAUUUUACAGAGCGUCAGGGAAUCACGGAAUUGUAUUAUUUGAACCUAGACUCGCAAAGUACUAGCACAGUGCCAGAUUCCAGGUUUCCACGGACUCAUUUCAAAUCACGAUCAUUGUCUAAAAUAAAACAAUCGACCUAUUGGAUUAUGUGA